AUGUCAACAACUGGCGGAGGAUAUAGGAGGGUGGCAGUGUUUGGCGCCGGUGGUACAAACAUCGGACACCAUGUCGUCAAAGCGCUCGCAUCUAAACCCGACCUCUUUACCGUUGAAAUCAUUGCCAGAAAGUCGUCCAAGUCGACAUUCCCAACAGGCGUCACAGUGCGCUACGUCGACGAUGAUUUACCCCAUCAGCAAUUGGUAGAAGCAUUGACUGGGCAAGAUGCACUCGUCUCAGCAAUUGGAUAUGGCGCGAUCGAACUCGAGAAACCUCUAAUCGAGGCCGCCAUCGAAGCAAAAGUCAAACGCUUCCUCCCUUCAGAGUACGGACUGAACAACACGAAUCCCAUCGCCAGAAAACUCUGCCCUGUCUUCAACGCCAAGGGUGAGAUCAUCGAGUACUUGAAGACGAAAGAGUCGACCGGCCUAUCGUGGACGGCCGUACCUAAUGGCAUGUGGCUUGACUGGACGCUCGAUCCAGCGAUAGCAUUUGCGGACAUCAAUGUACAAACACACACCGCCAAGCUCUGGGAGAACGGAAAUCACAAGCUUUCUUUCUCCACACUCCCCUGGGCAGCCGAAGGGAUCGCUCAGAUUCUUCUCACACCAGAAGAGACCGCGAACAAGGUCGUGCCAAUCCACGGCUUUGAGGCAAGCCAGAACGACCUCCUCAGUGCGUUGCAAAGGCUGCAGAACGUCACUUACCAGAUAAGUCACUUUGAUCUCAAGACAGGGGUUGAGCAAGCGCAAACUUCGUGGGUUCAGAAUAAAGAUAUUCAGUCCGCGCUGUGGUUGGUCAAAGCUGGGUUCUUCACCGCUGGUAAUGGUAGCAAUUUCGUCAGGGAAGGCACUGUGCAGGUUGGCAAUGAGUUCUUGAACCUGCCACCAUUGGAUUUCAAUGAGAUCGUGGAGAAGGCUGUGAAACAAUGGGCAGAAAGGCUGUAA